CUGUGACAAGGUUUCGGACUCGCUUUUAAUGGCUCCGCCGGUAGCACCGGCAGAACUGCUGCUGAUGCUUGCCCUGGCAUCAACACUGCCACUGGACUUGUGCCGGCAUCUUUUGUGUUUAUGUUCUGAACAUGAUGCAAGAUUUUCCUUUAUAUUUAAUUGAAAAGUUCUAUAUCUAUCAUUGAUCUUAUAAAUAUUACGUCUAGUCAUGGAGAUCAAAGAAAGAGAUUAAAAUGAAUAUUUAAGAACAUAUUACUAAAGUCAUAAACACCAAAUAAAUAUAUUAAUUUAUUGAAUCAUAAAAAAAAUCUGACAUAUUCAAAACAUUUUGAAGAAGUUCUUUUUUUUAAUAAAAAAUGGUGAAUUAAAUUUUUUCGUCUGAUUCUCAAAAUAAAACUAAAUAUCGUCUGAAAUAAAAAUGAUCAGAAACCAAAUAAUUAAUGUGAUUUUAAAUAGACUAAAAAUCGUUUGAGUACUUUUAUGAAACAUUUCUACAUCAAGAUAUGCUGUUUAAUACCUUCAAAGACAAUUUUACUUUCUUCAAGAUGUACCGUUUGUUUUACCUUUGAACAUCAAUUAAUGAACUCGAUUUCUUAAAACUUUUAAUUACUAAAUUGCUUGAGCUUCCACGUGCUGCUGAAAGAAAGGUGGAGGGACGGUACGUGCUGCAGUCGCUCUUGCAAGAGAAACUAGAGUUGAAAGGUGAAAAAACAAACAAAAAUAAAGAAAAGAUUUACUCUUGAAAUUUGGUGUUCCUGUUGCUGUAAAUCUGGGGAAAAUUGAUCUUCAAUGCACGAAAGUUUUGAUAGAAAACGCAGUAGGGAAGCUACACGUAAUAAGAUGGAUGUUCAAAUGUUUGCCAUGUAGAAUAAACCAAAGAAUUUAAGAAACGGUAAAAAUGUAAGAAAACUCAACAGCAAAAUGAUACGAAAAAUUUCUAUACAUGUAUAUAUCAUAUGAAGAUCUAUUUUCAUGAUUUAUAAAUUCAUCUCUAAAUCAUGCCUCGACUACGCAUAAGACGAUUAUUAUUAACCAUUAUCAUCGUCAUAUCAUCCACAUUCCUUAUUCUAAACUUGACUUCAAGCUCUCAGCAGGCAUUAUUGUUUCCUCCAAAAUCAGAGCAUGAUUUCUUCUCAAAUGUUUUCGAAACCGGUGUUAGGCGUAGACCAAAGUUUGAGAAUCCUCCACCGCCUUGGGUCCACCAAACAUCAGACCUAAUAACAACUAGGACUCAAAAGACAACAGAUUAUAAAAAACUUUUCUAUCGGCAUGUUGACGCACCCAAUCACCACCAAAUUGAAAGACGAGACAAUAUUAUGGCUGGACCACUCCAAUCUGUUGCUGGACAGAAUCAAACUAUUGUAAAACUCUGGUUUAUGAAAGGUGGUGGUGUGAGACCACAGCCGAUUUCAAUGAAUGCUAAACCUUUGCUAUGGCCAGAACAGGAUUCUGGCGACCGCAUUGUAGAGCAGCUUAUGUACGUGCCGCCAAAUUAUACUUCCAGUUGGAACUUUUCUGCAGCUUUGCCAUUAACAGCAUCAUCUUCAUCUAUUCAGAAACCAAAGCUCAAAAAAAUUUUAUUAUAUUUUGGUAAGGGAGGAUGGAAUGACUUGCCAUUGGGAAGAAAUGUAUUCUUACGAGAUAAAUGCCCUGUUAAUACUUGCGAGCUGACAACAUCUUUAAAGGAUGCAGAGCAAGCCGAUGCACUUUUUUUCAAAGACCGCUUUUUAUGGCCGUUUUACAAGCGAAAACCGCACCAAGUGUGGAUUUUGUUCUUGCUCGAGUGUCCUCUUCACACACAGGCUUUUAAGAAUCUCAAGAAUGUCUUCAACUGGACAGCAACUUACAGGCAUGAUUCAGAUCUCGUGGCACCUUACGAAAAGUUUGUCCCCUAUAACUCCAGCAUUAAAUUUGUUUCUGGUCAAAAGAAGUACGCGGUCGAAGAAAAUCGCAAUUACGCGGCUAAUAAAUCGAAGACAGUUGCUUGGUUUGUUUCGAACUGCAAUGCAAAGAAUAAAAGAUUAGAAUAUGCUAAAGAGCUUGGACAGCACAUUGAUGUAGAUAUCUAUGGAUCUUGUGGGAACAAAAAAUGUCCAAGAACUCUAACCCAUAAAUGCUUUAGGAUGCUUGACAAAGAAUACAAGUUUUAUUUAGCCUUUGAAAAUUCUAACUGCAAAGAUUACAUAACUGAGAAAUUCUUCGUUAAUGGCCUAAGCCGAAACAUUGUUCCAAUUGUGAUGGGUGGACGGCCGGAAGAUUAUGCCAGAGCAGCACCCCCUCAUUCAUAUAUACACGUGGAUGACUUUACAUCUCCAAGAGAACUGGCAAAUUAUCUCAGCAUCUUGGACAAGAAUGAUACUUUGUAUAAUGAGUACUUCAAAUGGAAGGGAACUGGCGAGUUUGUCAACACUUACUUUUGGUGCCGAAUGUGCGCCAUGCUACACGCACCACUGUACCACAAAUCCUACCCAGACAUGCAUCGAUGGUGGUUUGGUCCUGGUACAUGCAAUGCAGGAAACUGGCGUGGUACACCACCAACUAGUAUACCACACCAGGGACCUACUAGUGUAGCUGGUAUUAAAGAUGAUAAAGGUUAAUUUAAAUUGAUCACAGACUACUUAAUUAAUUAGAAUUAAUUUGGCAUUGUCUGAAGAACGCCAAAUAGAGAUUAGUGGCGCUUCACGAUGGAAGUUUAAGAAUGAGACCACAACAAUCUUGUUUUAUGGCUGUAAAAUAAUUUCGAAAUCUGGUCAUAGAUUUAUCGUCAUUAUUGACAAUUUUUAAAUACAUAUGUUGCUUAAAGACAGAUUACAAGGAACAUUCCACCUAAGGAGCAAAUAUGAGUUCUUUGUGAGUAAUGCAUUAUGGAGGAACCUUCUUCUGAGUGUUGUACAGUCUAUUUCUUUCAAUGUUUAACUAAAAUGCAUUACCUUUGCACUGUUUGCAUACCAUGCAUUCUCUUAUUCAAUUAUGAUGUAUAUUAUUUCAUGUCUUUCAUGAGAAAUUCAUUAUUUAUUGAUAUUUCUUUUCCCACUAAAUCAUUCCAUGAUUUGUGAUAGAGUUAUUUAUUUUCUUUUUUCAUGUACAAUUAUUAUAAGAUGGUCGGAGAAAUAUUUGUAACCUUAAUAGGAUAAUUCUUUUAAAAAAAAUAUACUGGCCAUAAGAACUGUUUCACGUACUUUUUCCGUUAACGUUUACUUACAUGUUAAUUAUAAAGGUUUUUAUAUCCCAAACAGUAAAAAGAAAUUAAAUAAAUGAACCUCACUAUAAAUGUGAGAGUCAAGUAGCAAUAGGUUUAAACUAUCAGGAAAACAACAAGUACUUUUAAACCACGUAGAUUUCAGCAAAUCCGAAAUACUAAGGAAGCUAAUAUUCUGGAAUUAAUUCUACACUAUUCAAAAAACAAUUAUUAUUUUCUCAUAUUUCAGCUAGUUUUUUUACAGUUUCAUAAAAAAUUCCUCAAUUUUAAUUUUUUUUACAGAUUUACUAAAAGCUUUUAAAAAUAGCAAAAAGGGACAUUUCUUGAUUUCCUAAUGGAUUUUUUUUAUACUUUUUUUGAAUUUGUGAACAACUUUUUCGAUUAUUUUGCUUUACAAUUCAUGAAAUAAUCAUUAUAUAUAGAGUUUUAUAAUACCAACAUUUCUCUUUAGUAUUAAAUUCAAAGCAAUAUUUUUAUAUAUUGUUAUGAACUCUAAUUAAUACUUUUUUUACUAGUAAAUAUAUAUCUUUUUUCACUUAACGUAUGGAAAACAUAUUCGAUACCUACAAUGUUUUGCUUUUAUUACUACAUAAUUACUACGGGAAGUAUCAAAAUUUCUAGAUUGCUACUAAUCGGAUAUAUAGUAUUGCACACAGGAAAACAUAAUUAUUGCAACAAGUUUUCUAAUUUAUCAAAAGUUAAUUACUUUGAGGUGUGAAAUUAUUCAUUUUGAGGUACGGUGAGUAAAAGCAUAAAUAUUUUUUUUUAAAUUGCGACGUAGUCAUUUAUUUAUUUUAAAGCAAGGGCAUUAAGAGGAACUGAUUAUAAUCACGUCAGAGACCACCUAAUUUUUGAAACUUCAUUUAACAAUUUUUUUUCAAUUUUAAUAAUUUCUCCCGACGGAUAUAAAAGGCAUUAAAUCCAUAAUUAAGAUCCGUCAUCACAUAUUUUUUUAGUUUUGGAAGUUUUUAUAUGUUUUCAUGAUCCACUGAACUUGACGCAAAAAAUACUUGAUGCAAUUAUGUUCUUAAAUUAAUAAAUUUCUCUCUAUUAUUCCUUUUUUGGAAACAAUAGUACAAAAGUGAAUUACUUUGAAAUUGGUCUUACAUAUCAUACGGGUAUUAUUUUUUUUUUGUUUCUUAAAAAGUGAUUUUUGAGCAUUUUCUUGAGUAAGUACAGUUGGAUAAAUAUUAUAUGUGUAUUUGUAAAAGAUAUUUGUUUAUUUGUUUUUUAAAAAGCAAUUUGUGUCACGAAUUAAAUUUAUUAAAAAAUUACUAUUUGAAAAUAGCAUUUUUGUUUGCUUGUAAAUUCUAUCAAGAUAAAGUGAAAUAAAAUUUUAAGUCGUA